AGUGGCAGGUAACAGGUGUCAGUUGGAGUAACGUGUACGUGUGUUUUUAUCGAAAUUGUGAUAUAGUUCGAUAAAUUAUUUGUAUUUAAUUGUCAAGUACAUAACUUGGUUCUGUGGAUUUUUGUGUGGUUUCUUGAUGGAAUGUUGCUGUUGGUUUAUGGAGUGGGUGGUUCAUUCAUAAAAUUGGAUUAAUCUUCGUAAUUUCGGUCUAACGGUGGCGCCGUAACGAUGCUGCAGAUUACCGAGGAUACGCCGGCUGACAUGUUGGCCGGGGCCAUGGACCUCACCGUGCACUUGCCCAACGGUAGAGCAGUCAAAAUGUCCGUCAAAAGAAGUAUGCCGAUGAUGGACCUCCUGAUGCACAUCUCGACAAACAACAACCUCCAACUGACCGAUUACACGUUGCAAGCGCUCAGCAUGGCCCCAUCUCCGAAUCACAUGGACCGUCUGUUGCCCUUCAAGCCCAACACCCCGAUAGGGCUGAUCGACACACAACACAUAAAAGUGCUGCCCAAACAAAAGACCAUUUUCAAGCAUAAGCCGGCACCGCAGCCGUUCGAGAGCACAUUCCGGCUUAAGGUUCACUUGCCCAUGAACCAGUUGUAUGUCACGAGGGUGAGCAGACACAAGAUGCUGGAUGAAAUUCUGAGCAAAGCAUGCGAAGAGAAGAAUCUAGAUAAGAACAAAUAUGCUUUACAUCAUCCAGCUAACUUGGACGAAGUUUUGGAUCCAAAGUUGACAUUGAACGACUAUCAGAUAACAGAGGUUUACCUUGUUGCAAAGGGAACAGUUAAUUUGCAUCAGACAUUCUCCGCCAGUGAUUUGGUAGUGUUGAGGAAAGAAGAAGAGAGGAAAAGAAUGCAACAGAAGACUGGAGGAGGCGUGCUUAACUUAAUUUUUGGAAGAAAUAAAUCAAGUAUGGGCUCUGGAUCAUUAUCAAGUGAUAACAGAUCAAUAUCGCCAUCCCAUAGUGAUGAUUCGAGAUCUGUCACGCCUCCGGCAAUACCACAACAAAUUAUCACACCACCACCAAAGCAAGAAACGGAAAAACCGAAACCACCUCAAAGAAAAAGACGACCGGCCCCAAAACCCCCAACUCACAUCGAAAACCCCAAAAGCAACGAAUCAAAACCAUCAAGCAACAUCUCCGAUAACUCCGACGUUCAGGAGAAAAAGACGGAGAACAGCCUGACUAUUUGCCACUCAAGGAACAGCAGUGACAGCUCAGGGUACCACGAGGCUUCGAUUUUGAGUGACAAUUGUAACACGUCUUUGCCCAGGAGGCCACAAUCUGCGUUCAUCAAUGGCGCUGAUGUGGAUCUAUCGAAGCAACAUAGUCAGAGUACAACUAAUUUAAGUAAAAUGUCGUCCCAUUCUAAGUCAACUUCCAGCUUAGCUUUUGCAGGUCGUAAAAAGAAAGCUGCUCCCCCACCCCCACCAGUGCUAAAGUCUUCCGCAUCCGUAAUCAACCUUGUAGCACCUAGUCCCGUUGUAGUAGCUAGUCAAGCACCCGUUCCGAUUCCGCCAGCCGAAUCACAGACAAAUGUCCCAACUCCCCCUAAACCUCUACCCAGAAAACGGGCACCAAUACCAAAUAGAAACCGUAGCUCACUGCAGUCCUGCGACGAGGAAGAGUUACAGAGAAUCGAAGAAACUGAAGAUAACGUAGAAUGCCGUAACCCUAGAAUCAAUUCAAGCCUUUCAAUGUAUACAACUGAUAGUACUUAUGAGGAUUAUUCCGAAUCGGAGACUAGAGAUUUGAAUAGUCCCAAAUUGGAGACAGAUAAAAAAAUUAUAAAUGAAAAAGAAGAUAAAUUUCCUUCUUAUUAUCACAUGGAUAAAGAAUUGGAAAUAAAGACUAGUGACAAAAUAGAUAACAUAUCACUUUCUUUAUCUAAAAAGAAACCAGAAGCUACAAAAGAAGAACCAAGGAAGUCAGAAGAAAUGGAAAACGCCUUAAUAGAACAAUUGGUCUUGCAUGAAACUCAAAAUUUACACACAUCUCCCCCAGUAAAAACAAAAGAAAGUACAAAACUUAAAGCAGCCAGAUCUAUGCCUAAUGUAACAAAUAUCAACGAUAAUCUCCGACCUCCUGAAAUUGUGGGUGUCAUCCCGAAACAAGGGAAAGCACCAAGCAAGUUUAACACAUUCACCAGAAAAACCUGUUACAAUAUAGGAAGUUCUUUAAUUGAUGAUAAUUUUGAUACCAUAAGUAACAACAGUAAGAGAAGUAUUGAUUCGGAAACUUCCUCAGUGAGAUCCGCAUUGAACAAAUUUAAAUUUGAAGACGAGAUUAAUGAUUUCGAUGAUAACCUGUUUACUGGUUCAUUAUCCAGACAAUCAGAGGGUGCAAGGAGGUUCAAUCAGUUGUAUGGGAUGCACGGAAGGGAACCAAAUGAAAUUGGUCACAGUAGCCUGAGAAGUGUCAAGGACGUUCCUAGAUUCGACAUUAAAAAGUGGAAUAACGUAGAAACUUUGGACAACAUUUCUCAAACUUCAUAUUUUGAUGCACGUAAUAACAUGGCAACUGGUGGUAGUUUUGACACAGAAUCAUUACCUUCAACAAAUUUCACACAAGCCACACAACUAGAUAGCUUAGCUUCACAUUUGGCAUUGUGCGACAACAAUUCUGUACCAGAAACACCAAAAACAGAAGAAGCUAAAUCAUUGGCGACAACACCCCCUAUUGAUCCAGAACCGACCCAAGAAAAACCCAAAGAAGAGAUUAAAGAAGAACCCAAAUCGGAACCUGAAGAAAUAAAAAUCGAAGACAAGAUAAUUAAAUCGGCUGAGUCUGAGGAUGUGGUAGAUAAACCGGCAGAUUUGAGCAAAGAGCCAGAGUUAGAAGUUAAAGAAAUAGAUUGGCAGUACCAGCUUCCACCUCCUCCUGAAGGUUUCCGGGACAAUUCAAGUUGCGUAGAAGCUACAACAAAUAAUGUGACUUACCGUACUGAUUCAGUUGUCACGUCCCCCGAGCUUUUUGAAAAACUUAAAGUUCUUGAGGAUAAUCAAUCUGAGCCCGCUACCGUCGAAAGUAACAUCAGUGAAGACGAAAAGCCCUUAAUGAACAGUCUUUCACUUGAAAACUUGGAGAAGAGGAAGUCUUUAGUGUACAACCGUGAGUUGGCAACUAGUCUUAAGAUGACUGAUGAUUUAUCUGAGAAGUCUGAAACCUUUUCCGGCUCUUUGAGCACGUUUGAGUCCACUUAUGAAGAAAUUAGAAGAUCUAGUCUAACAAGAGAUUAUUCACAUGCACAAGCAGUAAAGCCACAAGUUAACGUAAAACGAUCCACCAGUACUUUGCCUAACUUCAAAAUAUCUUCGUACAAUCAACCUAAGAAAAAUAUUAAAGUUUUUGAGGAUGAAAGUAUCAGUAGUAGUACGAAUAAUCUGAAUGGGGUCACUACAGAAAAGAAGUCAAAUCUGAGUAGGUCUUAUGUAGGGAGGUCCAUGGAGAAUAUAUCAUUCAGAAAGAACAGCUGGGGCAACCAAUCAGAUGACGAUAAAUCUAAAACUAAGGAAAACAAUUAUUCCAUUUACAGACCUCAGAGCUCAAUUAUUUCCAAAAGUACUCUUGGCUCGUCCAUGUACAGGUCUGAGUCCUUCUCCACUGACCAACACUGGAGCCCAUCCAAACCCGUAUCCAGGUCCAAAUCGCAAUUGGCUCUAAACAAAUAUAAAGAUGGGAAGACGAGCUACACUAGCUUAGAUACCAUGACCAAAAGCAACAGUCUUUUGGAUGUUUCUGGUUUGCAGAGUGUUGAGGUUAUGAAAAUGAUACAGAAUCGACUGAAGACACCUACUUCAUCAAUAGAAAACGUUAGCAAGCAAGAAAAACCUAUUGAAAAAAGUGUAAAACCUGUUGAAAAAAUUGAACAGAAACCUGAACCUGUGAGGACGUACCAAUAUAGGCCACCAUCCAUAAAUCUAAGCACUUGGUCCGAAAGACCUAAGGUUCCAGUAAAUGUUAAGGAUGAUACUAAUUACAAAACUAACAAUGUGUCUUCUAAACUUAUCGUAAACACUACAAACAACAACAUUACCAGCAAUAACAGAAUAGAAGUCAACGGUACAAACCGUUUCAGUUCCAAUUACACAUCGAAUGGAAGCGUCAAUGUAAGAGUUGGGGGAUACCAACCUACAGAACAGAAAAAUGUGAGCAUUGAAGUGAAUGGAACUGAGCCCAUUCUGCGAGAGAAGUCUGGCAAUGUGGUUAUUAAAAUAGGUGGCAACCAAUCCAACUUGGAGAAUCAAAGGUUCAUUUCACAUGCAACACCUGCUGGUUACAGAAAGCCUUUGGGUAAUAUCAACAAGACUCAAACACCGAGGCCUCAUUCCAUCGCUGUGGACAGUGAUUUGUCACAUGUUCCUGUUGUUAGAUCGGUUGAGCUGAAGAAGCCUUACAAGGAUAUUAAUACGUCUAUUACCCACAUCUACCAGGGUAAUAAUAAUAACAACAAUAAUAUUAUUAAAAGUGCCACUUUAAAUCGGAAUUCAUUUUCAUCCAAUAACCAAACUGACAAGCAAAACAUCUACAGAAGUAACGAGAAUCUUUCUGGUGAGCAUAAGCCUGUAGGUAGGGUGAACAGUUUUAUGUCCAGCAUCACACCAGUUGUGCGUGGAUUCAAAUCUACAACAGAAAACAACAAUAACAAUAACAACGUAAACAAUAGACUGUCUUGGAAUCCGUCUAGCACCAACAUUUAUUCCGUGAACAAACCUAAAGAGAACGAAUCUUACUCCACCAACAAAGACGUGCCCUUCUCACAGUCCACGUUAAGAAGGACGGAAUCCAGCAAACUGAUUAAUCAAGAACCAAAGAACCAAAACGGUUUCGAGAGCAACGAUAAGUUCCCCAGCAAGGUCAAUUUUAUCAACCAGAAGAACAGCAACUACAACAUAUACUCGGUAAAUAAAAAACAAGACACGAUCCAACCACCACCGCCCCCACAAAUGCCAAAAUUCGAAGUGAAAAAACGACCCAGGCAAUUGGAGCCUAAAGAAGACCCCAGGGAUUUGUUGUUGGCUUCCAUCAGGAAUUUUGGGGGGAAAAAAGGCUUGAAGUCUGUUAAGGGUUAAUUUCUUUUUAACUGCCCGCUCUUUGUUUGUUUAUUCUACGCUUUUUGUAUAUAGAGUGUUUUAGUCAUAAAAUAUUUAAAGCUCAAUGUUAGUUAAUUCCAUGGUAUUAUUUAUAAUGAUUUAUUAAUAACAAGUUUAAUCUAGUGCCUACUAGAACUAUGUGUAUUAUAAUAUAAUAUUGUACAUUUUAUUAAUGUAUUACAUAUUAUCGAAUUUGUAUAUUAUAUUUAUAAGAUAUAGAAAGCAUAUAGGGACCAAAGGUUUUGAGGAAUAUUAUUUAUUUUCUUAUGUAUACUCAUCAGUUGUACUGUAAAAAUAAUAAAUUAUAUUGUUUUA